AUGUCGUGGUUUUCCAUCCUCCCCGCCAAUCUGACCGUCAUCGAAACAUGGAUCAUCCGCUUCUUCCUCCUCCUCGGCAUCAUGACCAUCGGCCCCUGGGCCCUCUUCCUCAUCUACGACGUGCUCCUCUACAUCAUCCGCGCCGUCGCCUAUGAAAUCCCCUACUUCGGCGGCCGAGCUCGCGGCAGGGGACGGCCUCGCGCGCCGAGCUUGAAGGAAAGACCGAACGGUAGGAGGAGGACGUUUAGCAUCAGUGGGCCUUCGAGCGGGUUCGUUGUGGGGGAUGAGAAUGACAAGGCGGGGUUGAAGAGGAGGGGGUUGGAUGGUGGUGUGCGUGAUGAGGCGGGCGCUAAUUCGGAGGAUGAUGAGGCGGUGGAUAUUACUGCCGAAGAGAGUCACAUGAUCCGCUCGGCGGAUCUCUGGGAUGCUAGGACGGACAGCCGGUUCGUGGCGUGGAAUGACACGUCGAAGAAAAAGCCCUGA